AUGCUAGGAGUAUCCCGUUUCACGCAAGUGAGGGACGGGAUUCGAAGUUCUCUCCUACGUCAACGAUCGAAGAUUAGAGAUGCCGCCGCGUUUGCCAAGGAAAGUAAAAUAAGGUGGGCCGGACACGUGAUGCGCUUUAACGACAACCGUUGGACCAGAGCCGUGAGCGACUGGAUUCCCCGCGAUAUUAAGCGCACUACAGGAAGACCGCCGACCCGAUGGUCAGAUUUCUUCACGAAGUCCUUCAAAGAAAAAUACGAUGCUCUUCGUGUCCCACGCGAAAAAAGGAACCACUGGGCUACUCUGGCACGCGAUCGGGACAAAUGGAAGAAUUACUGGCGCCCGCUCGACCAUUUCGAAGAUCAACGGGAGUCAAGGUGA